AUGAAUAUCAUCAUUUUUUUAGUUAUUUAUCAGGUAAUAGCGUCAUGGUAUACUGAUAAAAAUAAUCAUAUUUACUAUGGACUAAUUGGUGAGCUUUUUAGUGAUGUUGGAUAUGAUGUUUCUAAAGGACUUUUUAGUGACGUGUAUGUAUUUACAUUUUCCGGAGAUUGUUGUUAUAAAUCAAGAGACUAUUAUUACAUUGAUCCAUACUUUUCAACUAAUUCUAAAGUGUGUUAUGUCCAAUCAACAUCUAAAUUAAAACAAUUAUACUUUCUUGAAGACUCUCCAACAGUACAAUGGAAAUUUCAGUUGGAAGAAUUACCUUCUUCUAUUCAAUUUAUAUUAGAAAAUACACGAUCUACAAUUGAUACUGGAUAUGAAACAUUACUUCAAGUUGGGAGUAGACCUGUACGCUUUUUUAUUCACUGUUAUGAAAGGAUGACAAUUCAUUAUCAGAGUGAAGAUCGACCGUAUAUUUACUUAGAAGGAAAUAAUAAUAUGCAGAGUGUAACUAUAUUAAAUGAAAUAGAUACAAUAAAAUAUGUUUUUAAUGGUAUUUCUAUUGACACAGUCGUUGGAUAUGGGGAUAAUACAAUUACAUCAAUAUGCUCUAUUGGUUCAUUUAAUCGAUUUGUUCAACAUGAAUCAACCCUAACACUGAAACAAGACUGUUCUUGUUCUAUUCACUCUGAUAGUUCUUCAGUUAAUUUUCAUGAGUUUACAAUGAAUUAUCCAGACUGUUUAUACAACAAUUCUCUUUUCUAUUUAACUAUUCUUCAACAUCAAGUUACGAUAUCAUUUAGAGAAGAUGCACCUCUUCUUUGGAAGGGGAUAAUAUUUGAACCACGGUUUGGUAUAACUAUUAUUCAAAUAGCAUCAAGUACUAAAUUAUAUUUAACUGAACUAACUGAAUUACCAACAACACGUUUAUAUGUAAUUGGAAAAAUUCAUUUUAAAUCAGUUUUAUUUCCACAAACGAAUGUUAUUCAUUGGUUUACAGAUAUUUCAUAUGAUCAAGCUGAUUUUACAAGUCAAAAAGGAAAGAUUGUAUUUGUUGGAACAAAUACUUUUCAUCAAGGAGUGGAAAAAAUAUGUGAAAAUGGAAAUAGAACUCGUUUUGGAUAUCUUUCUUCACUUGGUUGUACUUGUCAAUACACAACUUCAUUUAUUCAAGAUGAUUGUUUUGAAAGUUCUCUUUAUGAAACGAAUAUGUUAGACCUUGUUCUUACUUCUCAGGAAACAACAUAUAGUUCUAUUGAUGGAAGUUAUUGGAAUAGUAUUACAACUUCAACUGUUUCUUAUUUAAAAGGAACAAUAAAAUCUAAUAUUUGUACAUUAAAUGGAAAAACUACAAUUUAUGGUAAAUUGAUUUGUAAUACAAUAUACCUUAAUGGAAAUGUAACAGUUAUUGGAAGUGAUCCUUUAAAAUCAAAUCAAAUAAUUAUUCAAAAAGAUUGUAGUCUUGUUGGAAAUAUUCAGUCUAUAAAUUAUGAAAUAUUAUCUAACUGUAAUGUUAUUUUUGAAAAUAGUUUCUCUUCAAAUAUUGUUUUAAUUAUUCACGAAAAUUCAUUUCUUACUUUUAAAAGACCUGUUAUUAUCGAAAAAAUAACUACAGGAAUUAAUGUUCAAAUUAAAGCAGAAAGAAUUGAAUUUGUUGAAUUAAUAACAGAUAAUUUCUUCUCAUUAAAUGCUUUAACAUGUACUAUUCAAAGUGGAAGUAUUCGAUUGAAUUAUGUUGUAUUAACAAAUCAAAUGAUUAUUAAAGAAAAUGUUAAUUCUAUUUCUAUUGAAUCAAUAACAUUUAAGAGUAUUGGUCUUCCAUUACUUUUUCUAGAACCAACAUCAAAUGAAUUAUUAAUUAAAACUAUUCCUCAAUGUAUAUCAUGUUCUAAUAUUCUUUUCCUUGAAGCAAAUUCUAGAAAAAUAGUGGGAGUAGAACCAUCUUUAUAUUCAUGUGACCAACAAUUAAUUGUCUUAAAUAAGUUAGAUAAUUUCAUUGGGUGUAAGACAUUACAAUUAUAUAAUAAGAAAUGUGAAUAUGGAAACCCAUCAAUAACUCCACUUUAUUCAUGUCCAUGUCAUGGAUCUUCUGAUGUUUAUUGUACUACUAUUAUCUAUUCAUCUUCAUAUCAAUUAUCUGAUGAGGAAUAUCCAAAUGAAAUUGAAAUUUUAAACACAGCAGAGUUAAAAGUUAAAAAUAAAGAAUUUAUACUUAAAACAAAUGCAAAUGUAGAAAUAAAAGGUUCUUUAAAUAAUAUUGUUUUUAGUCCUUCUGAUUCAACAAUUCAAUUAAGUGUUUCUCAAUCAAAUAUGAUUUAUGCACCAACUGGAUAUGGAAUUUCUUAUUCAACAGGAAGUUUGGUCACAUCUUCUCCAGAAGAAUUAUGUCUUAUUGUUUAUGUAUCAAAUAAUGGAGCUGAAUGUAUUAAAUGUAAAAUAGGAGAAGAUCAAAAUGGAAAUUGUCUAGAUGCUAUUGAAAUUGAACAUUGUAGAGCAUUAUCAUCAAUAGACAAACGAUGUGAUUUUUGUGAUUAUUAUUAUUAUUAUUAUUAUUCUUCAGGAGUAUGUUCUAAAUGUCAUGAUGAACAUUGUAAAUCUUGUAAUGAAACAAAUUGUUUUGUUUGUGAUGAGAAUUAUAUUGUAAAUAAAAAUGAAUGUUCUCGUGUUACUAUGUGUGAUUAUUAUUCUAAUGGAGUUUGUUAUGAAUGUCCAGAAAAAAGUUUUCCUAUUAAUGGGGAGUGUCAACCAUGUGAGGUUACAGGAUGUUUAAAAUGUACAACAGCUACAACAUGUUCAGUGUGCGAUGUUACAAAUGGGUAUUUCUUAUAUGAAAAUCAAUGUAAAUUUGUUAAAGGAACAAUAACAAAUUCACAUAUUAUUUCUUGUCCUAGUCAAUUUUAUUUAUUAAAUGAUAAUUGUAUUAGCUGUUCUGUUAAACAUUGUAUAAUUUGUACAGCUGAAGUAUGUUACAACUGUCAAGAAGGGUAUGUACUAAAUAAUGCUGGUGAAUGUAUUCCACAACCAACAACAUGUAAUGCAAAUAAUUCAAGGUGUAUAAAUUGUCAAAAGUUUGAAUAUCUUAAUUAUACCGAAUGUGUUGAAUGUUCUAGUCAUUGUACUAAAUGUACAAAUGAUGGGAAUUGUGUUUCAUGUGAAUCUGGAUAUGUAUUAGAACAAGAAUUUGAUGAUUUCAAUGGAUAUAAAGUCAAAUGUAAAUUAUUUAAUUCAACAACUAAUCAUUGUGAAUUAUUAUCAGAAGGAAAAUGUUUAACAUGUAAAGAUAAUUAUUAUACUUCAUCAUAUCAAUGUUUAGAAUGUGAUUAUAAAUGUAAAAAAUGUACAUCUAGACAAGAUUAUUGUUAUGAAUGUAAUGAUGGAUUUUUUAUAGAGAAUGACCAUUGUGUAUCAUCAAAAGAUUAUAUAGCAAAUUGUAAAAGAUUUAUUGGUUCUGUAUGUAUAAAAUGUAAUGAUGGAUAUUUUAUUCAAUCAUCAAAAUGUAUUCCUUGUUCACCAAAUUGUGAUAUUUGUUAUCAAGAAAAUAUAUGUUCAACUUGUAUAACAGACUUUUUUGUUAAUGAAACAUAUCAAUGUGAACGUCAAAUAAAUUUAAGUAAUUGUGUUGGAUAUGGAGAACAAGGAUGUAUAGAAUGUGAACAAGGGUAUUAUAUUAAUGGAAAAAGAUGUUCUACUUGUAGUUCUAAAACUAAUAAAUGUUCAGAAUGUGAUAUGAAUUAUGGGUAUUGUAUAGGAUGUGAAAAAGAUUUUAUAUUAAUUGAAAAAGAAUGUAUUUAUUUUGAAGAAAUUAAACAUUGUUUAGGAUCAGAAGGAUCUAAAUGUACAUCAUGUGAAUAUUGGUUUCAACCUAAUGAAAGUGGACAAAAAUGUGAUUUAGUUCCAGUGUGGUGGAAUUUUGUAGUAGUAAUAAUUAUUAUAGACAUAAUAAUUAAAAUUUGUGUUAUUAUGGGAACGGCAUUAAUUCAAUUAAUAGUUAAAAGAAUUUAUCUUAGAAAAAUGGAAUAUGAAGAAAAUCAUAAUUAUACUAAAUUUCAAAUAAAAUAUUCUAAUAUAAACUUUAAACAUGUGUCAAAAAGUCAUCUUGUUAUGAAUAUAAAUAAAUUAACAUUUGGUUGUGAAACACAACCGUUACCUGUUGAAACAGAAUCAAGAGAAUUAUUUUGUAUUGGAAAUUUAACUAAAAAAACAAUAAAAAUAUUUUUAAAUGCAAUUGAAAAGAAAGAAAAGUAUGAAUUUAAAAUUAGUCCAUCAGAAAUUAUACUAAAAAAUGGAGAAGCAUGUGAAUUUGAAGCUAUUUUAAUACCACAUUGUUCAUGUACAGUUAAUGAUUAUUUUCAAGUAAGUUCUUCAUAUUUAAAUGGAGGUAAUUCAAAUAGUGAACGAAUUGGAAUUGAAUUUGUUACAGAAAUAAGUACUAAAUUUGAUCCUGAUGAAUUAAUUGAAAUAAAAAAGAUAGGAGAAGGGUCAUUUGGUAUUGUCUAUUUAGGAAAAUUUAGAGGAAAUAAAGUAGCAAUUAAGAAAAUGAAACAAAUUAAUUGUAAAACUGAAGAAGAACAAAUAGAAGAAUUUAGUUAUGAAGUAUCAAUGUUAGAUAAAUUUAGAAGUGAAUAUAUUAUUCAUUUUUAUGGUGCUGUAAUGAUACCAGGAAAAAUUUGUAUGGUAACAGAAUAUGCAGAAUAUGGUUCAUUAAAUAAUGUUAUGAAAAAUUAUAAGAAAGAAAAUAAAGAAUUAAAUUGUAAAAUUAAAUUAAAAAUAUUUUUAGAUGCUGCUAAAGGAAUUCAAUACCUUCAUCAAAAUAGUAUUUUACAUAGGGAUAUUAAACCUGAUAAUAUUUUAAUAUUAUCUCUUGAUAAUGAUAUUUCUAUUAAUGCUAAAUUAACCGAUUUUGGUUCAUCUAGAAACGUUAAUUCAUUACUUAAAAAUAUCACUUUUACUAAAGGUAUUGGAACUCCUGCUUUUAUGGCUCCUGAAAUAUUAAAUAAAGAUCAUUAUAAUUUCCCAGCUGAUAUCUUUGCUUUUGCUAUUACAAUGUAUCAACUAUUAAGUUGGAAUGACCCUUAUCCAAAUGACAAAUUUAAAUAUCCUUGGAAUAUUGCUUCUUUCAUAAUGAAUGGUGAUAGAUUACCAAAAGUUAGUUCUAUAACAGACGAACAAUUUUCUUUAAUAGAAAAUUGUUGGAAACAAAAUCCAAAAGAUCGAUACACAAUUAAUGUUGUUGUUGAAACUUUAGAGCAUCUUUGUCCUAAAUAA